AUGAUUGAAGUAGCUGAAGAGUCUCGGCCAGACAUGAUCGCUUCAAUUCUGUUGAUUGAUGAAGAAACUGGCUGCUUGCGAAAUGGGGCUUCACGCCGACUGCCGGACACCUACUGCCAGGCCGUCGAAGGCACGAUUCCCGGCCCAGAAGUUGGCUCUUGUGGCACAGCGGCUUAUACAGGCAAACGAGUGGUUGUUGAAGAUAUUGCAACGAGUCCGCUUUGGAAGCGAGGUCGCGACGCUGCGUUAAAAGCGUCUCUACGAGCCUGCUGGUCUGAGCCGAUCAUCGGCUCAACCGGCGAGGUGCUCGGUACUUUCGCGGUCUAUUAUCAAAAUCCACGUUCUCCAGAAAGCAGCGAGUUGGAGUUCGUGGCCAGUUGUGCGAAUUUGGCGGCGCUCGCCAUAGAGCGGGUGCGUUCUCAGAAUGCGGUCGAACGCGAACGUGCCAUUUUGAAGACAAUCGUCAAUGGCAUUCCCGAUGCAUUGAUUUCCAGUAAUCUCGAGCGUGAGAUCACGCAUUUUAGCCGUAGCGCGACACGGAUCUUUGGUUACGAACCCCAAGAGGUGUUGGGCAAGACCACCGAGCUUCUGUAUGCCAAUCCAAAGGAUUUUGAGCGCCUUGCCAAAGAGCGAUUCAAUACAGGACUUGAAGAGGUUUUAGAAGUGGUUGAGGUCGAGUGGCGACGGAAGUCUGGGAAAGCAUUUCCCGGUGAGAUUGUUGGGACGACAAUCCGUGACGAACAAUCCAAACCAAUCGGCUACCUGGGGAUGAUUCGUGAUAUCUCAGAUCGGAAGUGUGCCGAAGCCAAGCUUGCCGAGAGCCAAGGAAAGCUAGUACAAGCCGAGCGAUUGGCGGCAAUGGGGCAGAUGGUAUCGGCCAUCGCUCACGAGAGUCGUAAUGCAUUGCAGCGAAUUCAAGUGGGCGUGGAUGUACUAAGAUAUGAAAUCGAAGAAGGCUCAGAAGCACUUGACGAUCUCGAGCGUAUCAUCCGGGCCAAGGCUGACCUGGAACGUCUUCAUGAUGAGCUUCGGAACUUCGCGGGCCAGAUUCAGUUGAACACCGCCAGCGGCAACCUGGCCCAGGUCUGGCGACAAGCUUGGGCCAACCUGCAAUUCCCACAUGGCAGGAGAGAUGCCCAACUCAUUGAAGAAACCGAGGGCGUCGACCUAUUGUGCGAGAUUGAUGCUUUUCGGAUUGAACAGGUGUUUCGCAACCUUUUUGAGAAUUCGCUGGCAGCGUGCAGCGAUCCGGUUCAGAUUACGGUGACUUGUCGUAAUUUCGACAUAGAGGGCACUCACUUCGUGUCUAUUUCUGUCCGCGACAACGGCCCUGGCCUUCAGGAUGAGAUCCGUUCGCGUAUUUUCGAGGCGUUUCACACAACGAAAGCCAAGGGAACAGGUCUUGGCAUGGCAAUUGCAAAAAGGUUCAUUGAAGCCCACCAAGGCACCAUCGAGAUAGAUGACGAGGCUGACAUUCGGCACGGUUUCCGCCGCCUGUUAUGCAAACUCGGCUGUGAGGUCGUCGGCGAAGCGGCGGAUGGGCGAGAAUUGGUCGAACUGUGUUUGGAAACGCAGCCCGAUCUUGUCAUCACGGAUAUUCGUAUGCCGGAAAUGUCGGGAAUCGAGGCCGCUCGAAAGAUUGCAGAAACGCGAUCUGUCCCGGUAAUAGUUGUCUCCUCUUAUGAAUGCCCAGUCGGUGAAGACUGCUCGGCAGUUGCCGAUUUUCUGCUCAAACCUGUCAGCUUGCCAGACUUGGAAGCGGCUAUCUCCAAGGCCUGUCCUGGUGCUUGCCCGCCUCAUGUGACUCCGAUGAUGACGGUGGCUCAACCCGUCGUGAAGCAGAUCGUCGAGUGGGACGCCUACACGGGACGCCUGGAAGCAAUCGAUUUCGUAGAAGUGAGAGCCCGCGUCAGCGGCUACCUCCAGACGAUUCACUUUGAUGAAGGACAGAUCGUCCGCGAAGGCGAUCUCCUGUUCGUGAUCGACCCUCGCCCGUUCAGAGCAGAAUUGAACGGGGCGGAGGCUGCAUUGCGGCAAGCGAGCUCGCAAUUACAGCAGUCGAAGGCGCAGCUGGAAGAAGUAAAAGCCCAGAAGCUACAGUCUGACGCACAACUGACACUCGCCGAAGCCAGAGUUGAACGCGCCCGAGAAUUGAGUGCACAAGACGCUGUAACCCAAGAAGAACUCGAUGAGCGAGAGGCCGAAUAUCUGCAAGCUUUGGCCGAUGUAGCCGCAAGCCAGGCAGGAAUUAGCUCUGCGGGAGCGGCGAUUGCCACUGCAGAGGCAACCGUCAGGUCGGCGGAAGCGGGUGUCGAGACGGCUCAAUUAAAUCUCGACUACACGCACAUUCACGCACCAGUCAGCGGACGCAUCAGCCGUGAAGGGGUUACCGAAGGAAAUCUUGUCAGUGGAGGCAGUGCAUCGUCCACGUUAUUAACGACCAUCACAUCGGUCGCUCCGAUCUACUGUACCUUUGAUGCGAAUGAGCAGGAGGUGCUCAAAUACGUCCGCCUAGCGCUUUCGGGGAAACGAGCAAGCUCGCGUGUCGCUAAAAACCCGGUCUUCCUCGGGCUUGUGGAUGAAGACGGGUUUCCUCAUGAAGGGCACAUGGAUUUUGUGGACAACCGUUUCGAUGCAGGGACUGGGAGUAUGCGUGCUCGCAGUGUCUUUCCGAACGAGGAUGAAGUGUUGAUCCCGGGAAUGUUCGCACGAGUUCGUAUACCCGGCAGCGCGGCGUACGAAGCAGUCCUGAUUCCAGAUUCAGCGGUUGGUACGGACCAGUCGUCACGGUACGUCUACAUCGUUGCUGGUAUGAAGGUCGAACGCCGAAACGUGACACUCGGGCCGAUUGUAGAUGGGUUAAGGGUGGUUCGUGAUGGACUUUCCGGCAACGAGUCUCUUGUUAUCGAAGGCUUGCUUCUGGCGCGUCCUGAGAUGGAAGUCAGAACAAAGGACGGCACCAUCAAGGUUGUGGAAGACGGUCUUCCGGAUAGCUACGCAGAAGACGAGCCGUACGGGGCAGGGGGGCGAAGCUCAAUGAAGUUUCCGCACUUCUUCAUCGAACGACCGAUCUUCGCGACGGUUCUCUCUUCCUUGAUCUUGCUCGUCGGCGGGAUUACCUAUUUUUCGCUUCCCACUUCGCAGUAUCCAAACGUUGCUCCACCAACAAUUGUGGUACGCGCGAGCUAUCCUGGAGCGACUCCACAGGUCAUCGCUGACACCGUUGCUACGCCGAUCGAACAGGAGAUGAACGGCGUCGAUGACAUGCUUUACAUGGAAUCGUCUUCAAGCGCUGACGGAACGAUGCAGCUAACGGUGACCUUCAAGCUGGGUACGAACCUUGAUGAUGCCCAGGUGCUGGUCGAGAAUCGCGUGGCGGUAGCUGAGGCACGUUUGCCCGAUACGGUUCGUCAGAUCGGCGUGAUGACGCGAAAGCAAAUUCCUGACAUGUUGAUGGUGGUUCACCUGACGUCUCCGGAUGAAAGCCGAGACGAUCUUUACAUCAGCAAUUUUGCUUUCUUGCAGAUUCGCGACGCCUUGAUGCGGUUGGACGGUGUCGGCGAUAUCCGAAUCGCUGGCGGAAACGAAUACGCCAUGCGAGUGUGGCUCGACAUCGAAAAGCUGACGCAUGUCGAAAUGACCGCGGGUGAUGUCUUGCAAGCCAUCCGCCAGCAAAACGUGCAGGUUGCCGCUGGUGUGAUUGGGCAGCCGCCCACAGACCAGACCGGCGCAUUUCAGUUGAAUGUUACAACUCAGGGCCGCCUUACCGAUGUUGAAGAGUUUGGCAACAUCGUGGUUAAACGAGGCGAAGGUGGUCGCGUCACUCGUUUGAGCGAUGUUGCCCGGCUGGAACUUGGCGCUCAGGAUUAUUCACGCUUGAGCUACCUCGAUGGUAAGCCCGCGGUGGCCGUGUUGGUCUAUCAGCGUCCUGGAACGAAUGCAGUCGAUACUGCCUUUGAAGUCAAGAAGACGAUGGCGGCACUGCGGGAAGACUUUCCCGAAGGAGUGGACUACGAGAUCGCCUACAAUCCUACCGAUUACGUAGAAGAGUCCAUCCAAGAAGUAUUCUUCACGUUGUUGAUAACCACCGCGUUGGUUGUGUGGACCGUAUUUAUGUUCCUUCACAACUGGCGACCAACCAUCAUUCCAGUCGUUGCCAUUCCCAUUUCACUCAUCGGCACGUUCGCCGCCAUGCAGUUCUUGGGAGUGACGUUGAAUACGCUGUCACUCUUCGGACUGGUGCUGGCCAUCGGGAUCGUUGUGGAUGAUGCAAUCGUGGUGGUUGAGAAUGUCGAGCGUCUGAUUGCCGACGGUAUGUCGCCGCGCGACGCCGCUCACAAGGCAAUGGACGAAGUCGGAUCGGCGUUGAUCGCUACAACUUUAGUGCUGAUCGCCGUAUUUGUUCCAACCGUGUUUGUGCCCGGGAUCAGUGGGCAGUUCUAUCAGCAGUUCGCACUGACGAUCUCAAUAUCGACCGGGAUUUCGACGUUUGUUUCACUGACGUUGACGCCCUCACUGUGUGCAUUGCUCUUGAAGCCAAAAAACACCAGCAAUGAGAAAGCAGCAGCCAGACCUGGAAGACUCAAAGCUCUCCUGACGCUUCCGGCCCGACUUUUCAACCGAACGUUUGACUCGGCCAGUAAUGUUUAUGCGGGAAUUGUGUCGCGCAUCGUACGGGCGUCAGCUGUUGCGCUGCUGGUCUAUGCCGGAUUGCUCGCCUUCACGUGGUACAGCUUUGGGAUCGUCCCAAAUGGAUUUAUCCCUGAGCAGGAUCAAGGUUACCUCAUUGUCGCAAUUCGUCUUCCUGAUGGGGCAGCGUUAUCGCGAACGGAUGAGGUGACCAAGCGUGUUGCGAAAGUAGGCAGCGAAAUCGAUGGUGUGGCCCACGCAGUCGGGAUUGUUGGUCUCUCCGGCUCGACUUUUACGAUCAGUCCGAAUGCGGCCGUUUCGUUUUUACCACUUCAAGAUGCCAAGGAUCGGGCCGCGCGUGGACGCGAUGCCAACACCAUUGCCGCUGAAAUGCGAGCUGCUGUGAGUGACAUCAACGAAGCUGAAGUGUUUGUUAUCCCGCCUCCACCGGUCCGCGGCAUUGGACGCGGCGGUGGCUACAAGAUGUAUGUUCAGGACCAAAGCGGGGCUGGACUCGACGCGCUCAGCCAAAUUGCCGAUAAAAUGGUCGAGGAUGCGAACGGACGGCCUGGGGUGGAACAAGUGUUUUCGAAUUUCCGUCUCAGCGUCCCACAAAUUUACGCUGACGUUGAUCGUACGAAAGCUCAGAUGCUUGAUAUUCCUAUUAGCAAUGUGUUUGAAGCGUUGCAGGUUUAUCUGGGGUCAAGCUACAUCAAUGAUUUCAACAUCCUUGGUCGGACCUAUCGAGUGACCGCACAAGCGGAGCCCCAGUUUCGAGAUGAACCUAGCGACAUUUUACGUCUGAGAACUCGUAGUGCGAGUGGCGAGACGGUGUCGUUAGGGAGUAUUGUCGAAGUAAAGCAAACCGUCGGUCCAGACCGGUUGGUUCGCUACAACCUCUAUCCAUCUGCGGAUAUCAACGGGAAUACCGUUCCGGGUUUCAGUACCGGUCAAUCGCUCUCAACGAUGGAACAGCUCGCCAACCAGAAUUUGCCCCCCGGUUUUGGAUAUGCUUGGACCGAGAUGGCCUAUCAGGAGAAGCAGGCUGGCAACACGAUCUUGUUUUUGUUCCCGCUAGCCGUCUUGUUCGUUUUCAUGACAUUGGCAGCUCAGUACGAGAGUUGGCUGUUACCUUUGGCGAUUAUCUUGAUCGUUCCUCUGUGUCUGCUGUUCGCAAUACUCGGCAUUUGGUUUCGCGGGAUGGAUAACAACAUCCUGACUCAAAUCGGAUUCAUUGUGCUUGUUGGGCUUGCCUGUAAAAACGCGAUUCUGAUCGUCGAGUUUGCAAAGCAGCAGGAAGACUCCGGCAAGAAUUGCUUCCAAGCAGCGAUUGAUGCCUGCCGUCUUCGGCUUCGCCCCAUCCUAAUGACAGCCUUCUCCUUCAUCCUUGGCGUCAUUCCUCUGUUGAUUGCCACAGGGGCUGGCUUCGAAAUGCGUCGAGUGCUGGGAACCGCAGUUUUCAGUGGAAUGCUCGGGGUAACGUUCUUCGGUUUGUUCCUGACACCCGUGUUCUACGUUGUGAUACGACGCAUCGCACAGCAUGUGACUGCAACUUGA